AUGGCUACUCCCACUUCUUGUCUGUCUUUCCCUCUCCUCAUUCUCUCUCUACUUUUCUCCUCUACUUUCGAUCAAAUCUCAGCCGUUGGAUUCCCCAUUAAUGUCUGGCCAAAACCAACAACAUUCUUUUGGUCCCACCCACAGGCAAAACCACUCUCACCCAUCUUCACCAUCGCCACCCCUUACCACCAGUACCUCACUCCCGCCAUUGAGCGUUACCGCCGUCAAGUCCUAAACGAACACCACAAACCCCUCGUCUCCCCCUCCGUCAACCUCACGUCAACUACGCCGUUACAAACCCUUACAGUCUCCGUUACUGACCUCACAACCCCACUCACUCACGGAGUCAACGAGUCCUACGCACUUUCCAUCCCAGCCGUCGGAUCAACCGCUUAUCUAAAGGCGGAGACAGCAUGGGGAGCCAUGAGAGGUCUCGAGAGCUUUUCCCAACUCGUCUGGGGUGACCCACUACGAGUUGCUUCCGAGUUGUACAUUUAUGACUCGCCAUUGUUCGAGCACAGAGGUGUAAUGUUGGACACGUCGAGGAAUUUCUAUGGAGUUUCAGAUUUGUUGAGGCUAAUUAAUGCUAUGGGUAUGAACAAAUUGAAUGUUUUUCAUUGGCAUAUCACUGAUUCGCAUUCGUUUCCUCUGGUUCUGCCGUCAGAGCCUGAUCUGGCGGGGAAGGGUUCGUAUGGGGAGGAAAUGAAGUAUUCGCCGGAGGAUGUGCAGAGGGUGGUAGAGUUUGGAUUGGAACGUGGGGUUAGGGUUUUACCGGAGGUCGAUAUGCCUGCACAUACAGGAUCAUGGGCUGAAGCUUACCCAGAGAUUGUGGCUUGCGCAAACAUGUUCUGGUGGCCUGCUGGAUCUGCAUGGGCUGAUCGACUUGCAUCUGAACCAGGAACUGGCCAACUCAACCCAUUAAAUGCCAAGACCUACGAAAUCAUUAAGAAUAUCCUUCGUGACAUCACCACAAUGUUUCCAGAACCAUUCUAUCAUGGAGGAGCUGAUGAGAUCAUCCCAGGUUGUUGGAAAGCCAAUCCUUCCAUUCAAGCCUUCAUGGACGACAAUGGAACCCUCAGUCAGCUCCUUGAGAUAUUUGUUAACUCUACCUUCCCUUAUAUUGUUUCACUGAAUCGUACUGUGGUCUACUGGGAGGACGUUUUAUUGGAUGCCGAGAUCAAAGUGAAUCCUUCCUUUCUUCCCCCGGAGAACACCAUUCUACAAACAUGGAACAAUGGCCCAAAUAACACCAAGAAGAUUGUUUCUUCUGGAUAUCGGGCUAUAGUCUCAUCCUCAGAUUUCUACUACUUGGACUGCGGGCAUGGAGAUUUCCUUGGGAAUGACAGUCAGUAUAAUCAGCCACCUGGUAGUGACCAAGGUAAUGGAGGGUCAUGGUGUGGACCCUUCAAAACAUGGCAAACCAUUUACAACUAUGAUAUUACAUAUGGUUUGAGUGAGGAGGAGGCGAAAUUGGUGUUAGGAGGAGAGGUGGCAUUGUGGUCUGAGCAAGCAGACUCGACAGUUUUGGAUCCAAGGAUUUGGCCGAGAACUUCAGCAAUGGCAGAAGCAUUAUGGUCAGGGAACCGGGAUGAGACAGGCAUGAAGAGGUAUGCAGAGGCAACAGAUCGGUUGAAUGAGUGGAGAUACAGAAUGGUAACCAGAGGGAUCGCUGCUGAACCAAUUCAGCCGCUCUGGUGUAUUAGGAACCCCGGAAUGUGUAACACAGUUAAUCCUUUUUAGUUAUUUGUUGGACCCUGUUCCUUUUUAAGAUUGAACUGCCAAAUUGUGAAAGAUGAAAGAAAUAUCCAAUUUGUGCGGUUAAAUUAUUUUUGUGUAAUGAUAUUCUGCAAUGAAAAUAUUUAACAGGGGAUGUGUGAAAACAAAGUUAACUGAAUAUGAAAUCUUGAAGUUCUUG